AUGGUUGAGCAAAAAGAUAUUGAUUUGAAUAAACCCUUGGAUGAGUCAGCACCAGCAACACUCUCCAAGUCGACAUUGACGCCUAAUCUUACCAGGGCAACGACGACUUUGCACGGAGACCGUUUCAAGCAGGCACAAGCCCAACUAAGUCGGUUUGUUCUCUUGCACCCAAUCGCCGUCUCCGUAUACACCAUCUUUUUCCCAUCGAUUAUUGGACGUUCGUUAUGGGAAUACAUCGAGAUCAGUGACACUGCGCUGGAAUUGUUUUGGUUGUUGGUGAGGAACAAGCGAGAUUUCGUUUUUGCGCUUAUAAGUGCCAUACCCAUCAUUGCCGCUGUAUUUGCGACUUUUGGAACGUUGGCAUAUUUCUUGGGCGACGAGUUGGGCACAAUUGCCAACCAGUUUGUUCAAAAGAAGUAUUGUGAUCAGAUCUUUGGAUUUAAUGUUAGGGAGUUUGCCAGCAUUGAAGAUGACUUUGAAGGUAACAGCAACAGCAACAGCAACAGUAACGAUGACAAUGACGGUGUCGAAGUUAAAACAAAAGAGAAAAACAAUCAAAAGAGAAAAUUAAACAAGUCACAAAUGAAAGCAAACUUGGAGAAAGGUAAGAAUUCAGAAGUGGUGAGCUAUCGAGGCUCCCCCAUUGCCGUUGCAAGUGUUGUUCCCGACUAUGAACAGUCCAAGCCGGACUACUUUAUUAUCAAGAUUACCGGAGUACAUGUGCGCAAAGUUUUCCAAAAAGUGGAUUUUGACCAAAUGUUGAUUGAAUGGGCCGUGUUGCGGUCUAGACAGCUCUAUCAAGACUUUUUGAAAAAUGGCCAUCAUAACACAUCGAGAGUGAAAGACGGCAGUAUAUUAAUCACAAUCGACGCAUAUUCUUUUGACAAGCAUUUUGAGAAAUUGUUGGCAAAAAAUGGAUUUAAGGCAAUUGAUGUAAACUACACAGUGAAUGCACUUGACAAGGACAAAAAAGUGGGUAGGAUAUACGAGCUUUUGUAUAAGCUUUUCGGAAUUUCAACAGAUACAUUUGCAUUGAUAUUAUCAACAAGUAAUGAGGACGUGGAGCUCAUAAAGGACAGCCAAUUGUUAAAAGAUGGUUCUUCAAAGUAG